CUUUCGAAACUACCGAAUAACGAGUUUCCCUGAACGUCUCACAAUCCUUACGGAACCACGUUAGGUCACCACAGGACAACAGCUCCGCUGUCACCGGUUCUGUGUCCUCGUGCCUCCGUCGGAAUGUCCAGCUGGGUCUGAGGAGUCCAGGUGCAGGGUCAUGGCUCUGAACAUGAUCCGAAAGUUUCCGCUGCUGGGGCAGUUCGGGAUUCAACGUUACCCUCUUGUUGGACCUGUCUGCUCCACCAGGCUCCUGAGCACCUGCAGUAAAGGUCAGUCCGUAUGUGUAGCCUGCCGUUGUACCUCAGCAGGCGGCUGCACCCGGAGGCAGGGCUGCCAGAAGCUCCAGUCGGACUGUGGUACAAGGAGCCUGACCACCAUCGUGAAGGAGCCAAUCUACGUCGCUAGCAGCUCUGUAGGACUCCACAGAGAUUCAGGCCCCCGGUUCCGUCUGACCCAGCUGCACCUACCCACAGCUGCAGAGGAGGAGGCUUUCCAGCAGCGUCUUGGGAGCUGCUCCUCAUCCCGGCAGGUCUUCGCCCUGCUGCGCUCAGUGGAGAUCUUGUCCGACACUAUGGCUGCAGCAGCUCUUAACCGUGUGGCCGACCUGGAGCAGGAGGGGGACUCUCUGAAGAAUCCUGCAGUGCUGGAGAAGGACACGAUCAGAGCUCUGUGCUUCCAGCUGGAGCAGGACUCUGGGCGACUGACGGAUGCCGGACUAGUAUCAGCUCUCCUGGCUUGCACUCGCCUCUUCUUGGAUCCUUGGAGCACGCUUAUGGUGCGGCUGGUGUCUGAGAGCCAGGAGAGGUUAGACAGAGGACAGAUGAGCAUAGGGCAGCUGUGUACCCUGGGUCAGGCGAUGCUGGCUAUAGAGGGUCCUGACUGUGUGAUGCUGGAGCAGGUGAUGGAGCAAAUGCAGAAGCAGGAGCCUGCCCAGUGGAGCCUCGCAGAUCUCAUUGCUGCUUAUAGGUUGCUGCAAGGUGGCAUUAGUGAAGAUGGAAAAUAUCAGGACCUGCUGAACGCCAUGCACACACAUGCCGUGACAGUCACCUCCAGCAUGGAUCCUCCUGCUGUUAGUGGAGUACUCGGUGCUCUCAUGACCCUAAACCAGACACACGCCAUGCCUCUUGUCAUCAAUCUGUGUAAGCAGGCUGUACGACAUGUACCUCACUUCACCGAUGAGGAGCUCACUGUUGUUCUCGGGGCCCUAAUGCACUUUGGUCACAGUGAUCAUUACUUUGUGCAGGCGAUGGAGAGGUAUGUGCCCACAAUAGCCUUCACCUCCCACCCAGAGACAGUUACCAAGGUGGCACAGUUCUUUGCCCGGAGGAGCAUCCUGUCCCCAACUGUCUUUGAUGCUGUUGCAGAGAGCUUUGUGUACCGAGCAGACGACUACAGCACCAGCCAGGUGACCAGGCAGAUCAUGGCGCUCGGAAAGCUCGGCUACCUUCCUCCCAACGCUGGUGAGGUAUUCAGGAAAGUUGAAACCAUCCUGCGCACGCGCUUUUCACACUUCCAGCCCCGAACGCUGCUCAACCUGCUCCACUCCUGCACGCUGGUGGAGAGGUUCCCUGUAAAUUUUGUCUCCAAGGUUUUCAGCAGUUACUUCCUCCAGCAACUGCAAGAGCAGGACACAGGGAUGGACCGGAUCGUCCUGGCACAGCUGACCCAGCUCUACUUGACUUUGAAGUUGGAGUGUCCGUCCUAUCAGGGUCCUAAGCUCCUCCCCAAGUACCGCGUCAAGUCUUUCCUCAUGUCUGGACCCUCCCUGGAGACGCCAGUGGACACACACCUGUACAACUCUGUUAAAAAUGGACUGGUGGAUUUGCUCGGGGCUCGUUCAUACUUUGGAUCCAAAGUUCUGACACCAUACUGCUACACACUAGAUGUGGAGAUAAAACUUGAUGAAGACGGGUAUGUGCUGCCCGCCAGUCAUAUUGAUGAAGUAUACAAAAGGAUAGCUCUUUGUAUUGACGGACAAAGGAGGUUCACUACAAACACGAGGCAGCUACUUGGAAAAGAAGCCAUCAAGCAGCGACACCUGAGGCUCCUGGGAUAUGAAGUUGUUCAGAUUCCCUACUAUGAAUUUGAAAAACUGCAAGACAAGACCAGCGUGGUGGAGUAUCUGCACCAAAAAAUCUUCCCUCUCACCUACAGGCUGAGCUGGUGAUGAUGCUGUGGACGUUGAGCCUUCUCUGUCAGAAAUAAAUCUUUAUUUUUUUUUUU